AUGACAGGCUUCGACUCGUCCGUUGCCACUCAGCCGUUCAACCUUUCGGUAGUGACUGGUAACGGGACUGAACAGCUCAAGACACUCGUUGCUCCUUCAUGGGUUAGCACACCUAAUGUGCGUGGGACGUCGGAUGUAUUGCAAAGCUGCGUUUUGACUCUCGUUGCGUGUAUAUACACAGCCCUGCACCUCGAUAUUCCCAAGAAAACGACAUGGCAAUACUUGUUAUGGGAAAAGGUUAAAUGGUCCACCGUCGCCCUCUUUGCCCCAGAAGUAGCCCUCUUCAUGGCUGCAGCACAGCUGCGUUAUGCUUGGAAUCUCAGAUCAGCGCUUCGAAAGAUUCAGCAGGAACAGAAGCAGUCGUCAAAUUGGACACCUGAUGCAGACUUCGAGGUCAACCUCAAAUACACCUUUUUCAUCGUCAUGGGGGCUGUUCGCUUCGAUGUCCACGACAUUCUCUCAUUUUCAGAUCUUAAUGCAGAGCACCGCGAUCACUUCAAGGAUACUGGAUCACGCCGACGCUCUGUUAGAGCUGCUCCCGCAUCUAUAAUCUGGCUUGCUGAACGUGGUCAUUGGAUUAAAGUUCGGAAGCAAGAUAUCGAUGACAAGAGCAAAGCCAACACGAUCCAGAAAGUCCUUGUGCUUAUACAAGUUCUUUGGAUGGUCAUACAAUGCAUAGUGAGGCGCAUAAUCGGUCUGCCUGUAUCUCUACUAGAGAUACACACAAUUGUCCAUGUUGUCUGUGCUGUUUUUCUCUAUAUCUGCUGGUUCGAAGUAUGA